AUGGAAAUGGUAUCUCCAGAGCAAGAACACCCAAAUAAGGCCUUUGCAUGGGCUGCCACAGAUUCUUCUGGCGUUCUCUCUCCCUUCAAAAUCUCAAGAAGGAAAACGGGAGAGAAAGACGUGGCUUUAAGAGUUUUGUACUGUGGGAUAUGCCAUUCGGACCUUCACAAGGUCAAAAAUGAAUGGGGGACCACUAGCUAUCCUAUUGUUCCUGGGUAUGAGGUUGUUGGUGUAGUGACAGAGCUAGGAAGCAAAGUAGAAAAAUUCAAAGUUGGAGACAAGGUAGGUGUUGGAUGCAUGGUGGGAUCUUGCCAAUCUUGUGAUAGUUGUGCCAAUAAUUUCGAGAAUUACUGCCCCGAACUGAUACUCACCUAUGGUGAAAAGUACCACGACAGAACCACAACAUAUGGAGGCUACUCCGACUUCAUGGUGGUCGAUGAGCACUUCAUAGUUCGUAUUCCGGACAACCUUCCCCUUGACGGUGCUGCUCCUCUCUUCUGUGCCGGGAUUACAACUUAUAGCCCCUUGAGAUAUUUUGAACUAGACAAACCCGGAAUGCAUGUGGGUGUGGUUGGCCUAGGUGGAGUAGGGCACUUGGGGGUGAAGUUUGCCAAGGCCAUGGGGGUGAAGGUUACAGUGAUCAGCACCUCCCCUAAUAAGGAGAAGGAAGCAAUUGAACAUCUUCAUGCCGAUUCGUUUAUAGUUAUCCAUGAUCAAGAUCAGAUGCAGGCUGCCAUGGGAACAAUGGAUGGUAUCAUUGAUACGGUUUUUGCCGCCCAUCCUCUUUUGCCUUUAAUUGGUUUGUUAAAGUCCAAUGGAAAGCUUGUGAUGGUUACUGCACCAGAGAAAAAUAUUCAGAUUCCAGCUUUUUCUUUGCUCAUGGGCAGGAAGAUGGUAGCUGGGAGUCGGAUUGGAGGUAUGAAGGAAACACAAGAGAUGGUUGAUUUUGCAGUCAAGCACAACAUUACAGCUGACAUUGAGGUUAUCCCGGUUGAUUAUUUGAACACUGCCAUGGAACGUCUUGCCAAAUCCGAUGUCAAAUAUCGAUUUGUAAUCGAUAUUGGAAACACACUAAAGUCUACAUCUUAA